CAGAUCAAACAGAUCAAACUAUAAAUCAGUCCUGCACUAAAAUUUGUCGUGAAACUCAAAUUUGCAUCGAGGUUGUUGUAUAUUUCUCGUACAACUGCGGUCGAUAACACUUCUUUCUGGAACAUUCCCAUCCCAAGAGCCAAAAAUAUUUAAGAUUGGAGAAAAGCAAAGAAGAGACCUGGAUCAAAGGAAGGAAAAAGGAUAGUGGUCCAAAUAAUUUCAGGGGAGACAGCCACAGUCUUUGUUCUGUUAUCCACGGCAAUCCCUUGUUCCUCAACCCUCCUCGCCAGAAUGAUGUCAACCACAAAGACAACCCCCCCCCUUCAACCCCACAAUUUACCCAGAUCUCAAAGGGAAAGUCGUCCUACUAACAGGCAUCGGCCAGUCCGGUGAUCCAGACAUGUGGGGAAACGGCGCUGCAGCCGCCCGCGUUCUGGCGGCAAACGGGGCCAAGGUAUUUGUCUGCGACCUCCACCUUUCCGUAGCACAACACACUCAACGCCGCAUCGAGGCAGAGGCGGGUGAAUGCACUGUGAUGAGCGCUGACGUCACUAAGGAUGCCGAUGUGACAGCGCUGGUGGAUGCAUGCCUGGCGCGCUAUGGCGGGCGCAUCGAUAUCUUGGUCAACAACGUCGGACGAUCGGAGCCUGCGGGGCCUGCGGAAAUGUCUGAGCAGUCGUGGGACAGCCAGACGACCGUCAAUAUGAAAUCGGUGUAUUUGUGCUGUCACUACGUGUUGCCGAUAAUGGAGGGGCAGGAGGGCGGUGGUCCGAUUGUCAAUGUCUCCUCGAUUGCGGGGAUGCGCUAUAUCGGCAAGCCACAGGUCGCUUAUAGUGCGAUGAAAGCGGCGGUGAUACAGUUCACGAAGACCACUGCUGUCAUCUAUGCGAAGAAGGGUGUUAGGUUGAAUGUGGUAGUGCCUGGUUUGAUUCAUUCGCCACUUGUCGGAUUGCUGGCGGAGAAGUAUGCCGGGGGGGAUUUGGAGGGAUUCGUCGAAAAGAGACACCAGGCUUGUACCGAUGGGGAGGAUGGGAGAUCCGUUUGAUGUUGCGUAUGCUGUGGUUUUCUUGGCUUCUGAGCAGGCCGAGUAUAUAACUGGCCAGAAAAUCGUUGUGGAUGGGGGGAUCACUGCGUCGACGCGUUAGCUUGGUAAUGCUAUUAAUAAUUGUGUUAACACCGCUUCAAUAUGAUAAUUCGAGGGGUUUGAUCUGGUGGACGCUCGCACCGCUAUAGUCUGAAUGACGUCUGAAUGACCAAAAAGGCGAAAGGUUUUCAAAGCUAGCAUCAUAAGGCAAUGCGCGUACAAUGCAAGUAUCCGGUAGCCCCGUUUACGAGUAGAAUAGACAUCAUCGGUACGACCGUGCGUAUACAAAGGCAUAUAUUCGCCUUGAGUAUUGUUCAUCCACAGCUCCGAUUCCCCCGAAGCUACCUUGCCAUGAGAUCAAACAGCAAGAAUAACCAAGUUCAACAAAUAGAGAGGGCUUAAGUGGACAGAAAAAAGAAAGUAUGGCAUAAUAAUGUAAAUACUUAAAAAACUAUUCUCCGGAAUGGUAUGGUAUAGCACAUGAGUUAAAAAACGAAGAAGAAUUUAACAAUACAUCAGAGAUAUCAGAACGAUAGUAACAAAAGACCGUUUACGUAACCUCCAGCAA